AUGAAGGCUUCGAUUCUUCUUAUUGCCGCCUCUGCUAGCUUUUCCCUAGCUCAGCCUACUUCUUUUGUCGAGCGCGCUGGCAGUGUCUGUCCCAUCCCGCCUACUAUUCCUUCCUGCUGCAAAUUCAUCAAAAGGGGUGAUGCACCGCCCUACCUGACCUGCACUGCCGGUAAGAUAAAUCCUCUCAUAACCAAGACAUUUGGCAAGGAUAAAAUCUUGCUGACCUACAUUAAACAAACAGCUCCGAGUGCAAAUAAUUAUUCCAGCUUCAGGAAGACCUGCGCCGCUAUCAGUAGAGAACCUGGCUGCUGCUUUGAAUCUGCUCUAUCUAAUAACGACUCGCCUGCCGAAGGGACCUGUAUCCCCCCCAAUUUCAGUGCUUAG